AAAAGGGAAAAAAGAAAACUUCAGCACUCAGCUGGCAUGGGCCUCUGUCAGGUCUCUACUUUUUGCUGUCCCUACAUCACCACCACCACCAUUUUCUUUCUUCUCUCACUCUUCUUUCUUUCCCACUUCACCUUUAGCCCCUUUUCUCUCUCUCUUUCUUUCUUUCCCGCACAGUCAAAAAAACAGCCUCAUAAUGCGACCCCUCCUCUCUAGAAGCUCAACGGAUGAGAUUUAGAAGGGGGGUUUUGUGUUUUUUGGGUUUCUGAUGGAAAUGGAUUGCAGCUCUUUGACCGAGUCUGGUGGGUCUUCCACUUCCUCGCCACACAACUCAUCCGCUGAGUCGGUCAAUGGCCUGAAAUUUGGGCAGAAAAUUUACUUUGAAGAUGUGGGUAUUGGGGAGCUCCCGAAAUCAGGUGGGGGAUCUUUCUCAUCUUCGGCUGGAAUUGCAACUGCACCCACCAAGAAAGCAAGGGGCGGCGUGGUUCAGGCUGCUCAACCCCCUAGGUGUCAGGUUGAAGGGUGUAGAGUAGAUCUAAGUGAUGCUAAGGCUUACUAUUCACGCCACAAAGUCUGUACUAUGCACUCCAAAUCCCCCAAGGUCAUUGUUGCUGGUCUUGAGCAAAGGUUUUGCCAGCAGUGUAGCAGAUUUCAU